UGGAGGCUGGAGAAGCAGAGGCCCAAGUGGAAGGAAGGAGGGCCCAGCAUGGCCUGGCUCUCCAAGAAGAAACACCUCCUGAAGCCUGUUGUCUAAUUGUGCCUUUCUUUCACAGAGGAAAGGGGAUUUUUGCCUGAGGAUUUUGGAGUCAAGCCUGUUGAGGGAUUUCUUUCCCUUGAGAGAAGAGGGAGGAAACACACCUUGGGUACAGUUGGGUUCUUCAUCAGAGUGGUUCCAAGAUGGAGAGACCCAACUCACCUGGACCUGAAGCAGGCAAGGUCUCCCGGAGCAGUGGGGAAUCCUGGGAAAGAACUACAGAGACGUUCCUGGAUGCGCACACACAGCACCAGCGCUUCAGGCAUUCCUCCUUCCGAGAGGGCGAGGGACCCAGAGAGGUUUGCAGCCGCCUCCACUCUCUCUGCCGCCAGUGGCUGAAGCCAGAGCAACACACCAAGGCGGAGAUGCUGGACCUGGUGAUCCUGGAGCAGUUCCUGAGCAUCCUGCCCCCAGAGAUGGGGAGCUGGGUCCGAGAGUGUGGGGCAGAGACCUCUUCCCAGGCAGUGGCCCUGGCGGAAGGCUUCCUCCUGAGUCAGGCAGAGGACGAGAAGCAGGAAGGACAGGCCCAAAAUAACUGCAUGGAAGUCCAGCCCGAUGUCCCUUCACCAGAAAAGCCUCAUUCGGACACCACCCAAAGCCUCAGGCAGAAGGGGCUGAAGCAGGAAGGAGAGGAAGGAGAGGGGGCUGCAGCCUGGCAGGGGGCAGGAAUGAGGUUGUUGCCGAAUCCUCAGUCGUUUUGUGAUGGAGUGGAAGUGAAUCAGGGCCCAAGCGCCUUUGAGGAGGUGGCUGUCCAUUUUUCCCUGGAGGAGUGGGUUCUCCUGGAUCCUGAUCAGAAAGCCUUGCACAUGCGGAUCAUGGAGGAGAUUCAUGGGAUGGUGGACUCUCUUGCAGAUAACUGGGAGAAGAGCAAUGUGUGCACCAAACACAGGACGCAUUUGGGACACCAUGGGGACCUUCCUAAACACCAGCAAACUCAGAGUGAAAAUGGAGAUUCUGCCAGAGAAAGGCCCUACAAAUGCAAUGUAUGUGAACAAUGUUUUACGCAAAAGAUGGGACUUAUAAUUCACAAGACAGUCAUUGCUGGGAGAAUCCAUUGUAAAUGGAAAAUAUCAGCAAAAUGUAUUGCUGAUUACGAAUCGCCACAUUGGAGCCAAGAAGAAAUCUUUCAAGGAACUGAUGAUAUCAUAAGCUGGGAGUGUGGGACAUCUUUUUUGCAGAGUUCACACUUGAAACAUGAGCGAUUUCACACAGGACAGGAACCAUAUAGAUGCGAGAAGUGUGGGAAAUGUUUUGCUGACCGCCCAGCCUUGGUGAGCCACAAAAGACACCACACAAGAAAGAAACCAUACCAAUGCCAGGAGUGUGGGAAAUGUUUUGCUCAAAAUGCACACUUGGUGAGCCACAAAAGACUCCACACAGGAGAAAAACCAUACCAAUGUCGGGAGUGUGGGAAAUGUUUUGCUCAGAGUUCACAAUUGCUGAGCCACAAAAGACUCCACACAGGAGAUAAGCCAUACCAAUGCCAGGAGUGUGGGAUAUGUUUUGCUCAAAGUUCACACUUGGUGAGGCACAAAAGACUCCACACCGGAGAGAAACCAUACCAAUGCCAGGUGUGUGGGAAAUGUUUUGCUAACUGUUCAACCUUGGUAAACCACACAAGACUCCACACAGGAGAGAAACCAUACCAAUGCCAGGUGUGUGGGAAAUGUUUUGCUGACCGUUCAACCUUGGUGAGCCACAAAAGACUCCACACAGGAGAGAAACCAUACCAAUGCCAGGUGUGUGGGAAAUGUUUUGCUUACAGUUCACACUUGGCGAGGCACAAAAGACUCCACAUAGGACAAAAACCUUAGAAAUGCCAGGAGUGUGAUAAAUGUUUUGCUUUCCCCACACCCACAAAAACUACACAAAGGCUAGAAAGGCUAAAAGAUCCAGAAGUAUGGGAAAUGUUUUAUUUAGACGUCCACCCAUAACAAGCACUAGAGAAUAUAAACAGGCUAAAAAACAUACAAAUGCCAAACAUGUGGGAAAUGUUUUAGUUGAGGUUCUUAACUUUUGAACUGUCACAGACUACAUUCAGGAGAGACAUCAUCCAAAGAGCUGGGACAAAAUUAAUAAAAUGUUUUGCAACAGGGAAAUGGCAGACGGAAUGGCUUCCAGUAACACUUGGCUUGACUUUGGACUCAUUUCUUUGACCAUUUUCUUCUUAGUGUCAUGCUACCCGUGCUCUUGUCUUCCUUGGUCAGACCACACCUCGAAUCACUCUCUCUCUUUUUUUUCCUCUCUGCCACUUUUCCUAUCUUUUCUUAAUUGUUUUUAAAUGUUUUUAUGGAAAACUUUCAAUAAAGAUUAUUUUUUUAAAA